GUACGAUGCAUACGUGUGUUUGCUGCGGUUAGCCGUCUCUCCAAUCGUCACUGUUAGUUAUUCCAGCAUGAUGAAUGUACCGCAUUGAUUCUAAAUCGUUUUAAGCGUCGAUGUCACGUUUGCCAAUAGAUAAAUACAAAUCCCUCGAUAUUUGGUAUAAUGUGAUUUAGUAUUUUUUGUGAUAAAAUGUGUAUGUACCGUUGUCAAUACCGGUAGUGUAUACCAGAUACGCCCACCAACACGUUAAACGUGUUUUCCUUCGCGAAGAUCUCGUGAAAAUUGAAAUCAAGGGAGAACCUCGCCGAGGAAGGAGGUUAAUAAAGUGCUAGUUUUUAAAAUCGCAUUGAACUGAAGUAAUGGGUCGUGACACUUGAUAAGGCCAGCCACUCUUGUUCGUAUUGUGUUUUUUUUCGAAUAGAACGCGACUGACAUACAGAGGGAAUUGAUUUUUCAUAUACGUGCAAACUUGCGGCGCACAUGUGUGUAUCUAUUGGAUAAAAUAUAAAAAUAAGUAAGGAAUGGGAAUUGACAGUAUGAGAGUCGGAGGAGGCCGAUGUCCUCCCCUCCUCGUUGCUGGGCUCCUCGCUGCUUGUUUAAUGCUAAUUUGCAACUGGUGGACUUUGUCUUCUGAAAAUUUUGAAUUACUUAGACAGUUCGAUGAAUUAAACGAACAGCUUAAAAUUAGUGCUGAAGAGAGAGAUCAAUGUGUUACAUUACGCGGAACUUUACAACAAAGAUACAAGCAUGCAGAGGAUGAAGUAAAUUCACUUCAUGUACGUUUGGAACAGCAAGCUGAGUUGAAGAAGAAAAAUGAUGAAUUGGAAGAUUCUAUUAAUGUAUGCAAAAGUGAAUUGGAAUCAUUGAACAAAUUAGAUGCUACUAAAACUGCAACAUUGGAAACGUUAAGACUUGAAAAAAAUACCAUCAAUACACAAUUAGAUGCAAAAAGAGAUGAAAAUAAAAGGUUGCAGGAAGAGAUAGAGCAGCUAAAGGAUAAAAUUAAGCUUACAUGCAAUCCAAAUCCUCAAAAGAAAACUAUAUCUCUCUUACCUGCAAGAGAAGUAAUUAACAAGAUACAGUUGGGUACUGUUCCGGAAUCAGCUGUAAUAAUAUCCUUAGCUGGUCAGCGUGGUUUGAAAUAUCAUGGAAUUCCAAUUCUUCCAAAAGACCCACCUGGCGCUGUGCGCCUAAGUCCUCGCUUCUCUGUUACAAACCUGAAAGCUCAAACAAGUCCAAAGAAUCAAAAGAAUAAUGACUCAAAUGGAGAGCUAGAGGACAAUCCAGAGUUUGAAAAUAGUAAAGCAGGAAACACAGAAACUACGGAUGGGAACAUAGUAGAAAGUGGGAGAGAUCAACAUACAAAUGGAGGAACCAUUGGAGAUUGAUAAUGAAUUAAAAAAAAAUAUUUCGCGCAAUAAUUAA